GCCUCCUGCCCGCCCCGCGACGAAUUGUGGGAGCAGUUCACCCCGCGGGCGUGGCUACGGAGGAGGACUGAGGGUUCGGUCAUGGGCUUCCAGCCGAGCCCGGGCCUGCUGGCCUCCCUGGGGGCGGGGCUGCUGACUCUUCUCGGCCUGGCUCUGGGCUCCUACUUGGUUCGGAGGUCCCGCCGGCCACGGGUCACUCUCCUGGACCCCGAUGAGAAGUACCUGCUGCGUCUGAUAGACAAGACGACUGUGAGCCACAACACCAAGAGGUUCCGCUUUGCACUGCCCACUCCCCAGCACAUUCUGGGGCUGCCUGUGGGCAGACACGUCUACCUCUCUGCCCGAAUCGAUGGCAGCCUGGUCAUCAGACCAUACACUCCUGUCACCAGUGAUGAGGACCAAGGCUACGUGGAUCUUGUCAUCAAGGUCUACCUGAAGGGUGUGCACCCCAAAUUUCCUGAGGGAGGGAAGAUGUCUCAGUACCUGAACAGCCUGAAGAUCGGGGAUGUGGUAGAAUUCCGAGGGCCAAGUGGACUGCUUACUUACAUGGGGAAAGGGAAUUUUAGCAUUCAGCCUAACAAAAAGUCUCCACCGGAGUCCCGAGUGGCGAAGAGACUGGGCAUGAUCGCCGGCGGGACAGGAAUUACCCCGAUGUUCCAGCUGAUCCGGGCCAUCUUGAAAGACCCUGAAGAUCCAACCCAGUGCUGUUUGCUAUUUGCCAACCAGACUGAAAAGGACAUAAUCUUACGGGAGGAUUUGGAGGAGCUGCAGGCCCGACAUCCCAGUCGCUUUAAGCUCUGGUUCACCCUGGAUCAUCCCCCAGAAGGUUGGACCUACAGCAAGGGCUUUGUGACAGCGGACAUGAUCCAGGAGCACCUGCCCGCCCCGGGGGACGAUGUGCUGCUGUUGCUCUGUGGGCCUCCGCCAAUGGUGCAGUUGGCCUGCCACCCCAACCUGGACAAACUGGGCUACUCGCAGAAGAUGCGGUUCACCUACUGAGCGUCCCCUUGCUUCCCAUUCCCUGCAGUUGUCCUGGUCAGUACUCGAAUGCUGUAAGCCUUAGGUUUCUUUCCCCACAGGACCAGCCUUUUGUCUUUCUCUGGAGCUGAUUUCUGAACGGCACCUGCAGAGACAGCAUCCUUGUAACCCUGGGAGAGGUCAAGGCUGAGCAUUCCCUGGGAGGCCCCCCCCCCAGAUCUCCGUGAUACAAGGUCCAGCUCAAGCCACAGGACAGUCUCUUCCAUGGGUCAGAAAGGAGGUGGCUAGUUCCAACACUGGCUAGUUCCUGGAUGGCAUCACCCUCUUCUUUGUGUCUGGGGUGGAAGGAACAGUCUGCGAUGGGUUUUCUUACUACUCGGUGCUUACCUCACAGCAGGUUGUGUGUGCGAGUGCAAGUUGAGCAGACUUCUAGAGCUAGUCUUACACAGAUUGCAGGGGAGGAGGAAGUGGCUUUUUCAGACUGCAGACCUCGAGAGAAGAAUCUGAAAUAUGCAUUUGUGUGUCUCUCUCUAUCUGGCCCAGGCUGGAGGGAAGUGUCUGUCCGCAGUCUGAGACUUCUGCUUAUGGCAGGAACCUCUGGCUAUGCAAAUAAACGGGGCGAAGGCCCCAGUGUGACACCUAAA